AUGACGACAGCAUCGCUAUCACCGCCACCGCAGCCAGCUGAUCAUUUGAUUCCACCACCAGCGCCAACAGCUUCAGCUUUAGCGUCAGCUUCAGCUUCAACUUCAGCUUUGGCUGCUCUGCCUGUGCCACAGCGGCUGACGCAUGCGGGCUACUCGGAGCCGGCACAGGAAGGUGGCUUCAUGACACGCGUUGCACGCUGGUUUGGCUUGGGCGCUGCUGCAACAGCUACACGCGAUCAGCAGCUAAGCGCCAGUUCACUGAGCUAUGCUUAUCCUAAGCCGGCGCAGAACUUUGAUGCAGCUGGAAAGCCUUGCGGUCUAUGCAACAAGUAUCCCUGGGUACCCAUGAUGGGGCAGCCGCAGCAAUCGCUGCACAUACCUUUGGCGCAGGCAUCUCAGCAUCGUCAGCGUGCUGUGCAGUUCCAUGCGCCGUCACAGAGCGUCUUUUUGCCCAUCUCUGUGCCUGUGCCGGCAUUGAGUCAAGUGGCCUUGCCACCGAUCUAUAAUGCACAGCAAUUUCGUCCACUGCUACAGCAGCUGCCCCUUGAGAAUGUGGGCGCCCACUCGGAGCUGCGUCCUGUGCCUUUUCUGCCAACAACAGCACCAACUUCAACGCAGCCGGCGCAGCAAACAAGCAGCGACUUUGAGAUUGUGCAGAGUCAUCAGGUGACAGACUUUGUGACCUCCGUGGAGUAUCCGGCAACGUUUGUGCAGUCGCAUUCCAUAGAUCUGGGAGAGCAUAGCCCAGUCAUUUCAAUAACGCCUUUGCCCUCAAAUCACAAGGAGCAGCAGGAGCAACUGCAACCGCUGGACAUUAGCACAGUACGCUAUCAACUGGAGGAUUUGAGCAGUGGUGCAGUGCAUCAACAUUUGCCUGCCUCACAGCUGCUCACGGAACUGGGACACUUUGAGCCGCAGACAACAUUGACACCACCGGCGGACAAUUAUCCGGCAGCUUCGUCCCAACAGCAGUUGCAGCAUGAGCAGGAGCAGGAGCACGAACAGGAGCAGGAGCAGGAGCAGGAGCAGGAGCAACAGAAUCUGUACUAUGCGGAGCAGUAUCAGGAGCUGGCGGAGACGAGCACGGUGACGCCACAGUACGAGCAGUUUCUCUAUACGACGGAGCAACCGACGCCGCCGGCUGCUGUGGAGUUAAACAAUCAUUUGGUGUCUGUGGUGCGAGAUGGCAGACAACGAGACACGCCGAAACGUCUGUUGGAUUCGCCUAUUAAUCAUGUGCAGGAUGGAGUGGCACCGCCACCACGUCCAUUUACACGCGAUCCCGCCGAGCUUAGCUUUCGACUUGGUCAACCCACGCAUCCGCCCACGCCGACCUCGACGUAUGGCGCCAUCGAUGCCAGUGGACAAUACGCGGGCAUGUCGCCGCCAGGACCGCAGCAGGUGAUCAUUCCAUAUACGACCAAGCAGAAGCCACGCCCCUUUGAGCCAUCCAAAUGGACACCUGGCUGGCGGGUGAGACCUGCCCAGGUGCAGGACAAUGAUGUGGAGCUGCAUGAGCAGCAGGAGUCCAAGCUGGUGAGCACGGCGACAGCGGCACCACCGCCAAACGCACGACGCACCACCAAAUAUCUGACCAAGAUUCUGGCCACCAAUCUGCGCGAGCUGCUGAAACGGGAGCGGGAGACGAAGCGACGUCCGUCCACCAUUGGCGUGGACAUCUCGAAGCUGCAGCACAACAUUGACGGUUGGACGGAGCAGGAGUACAACUCGCUGUCGCAUCGUCCCAGCACGCCAACCAUACGCGGCCGUUCCAAGCACAUUCCCACGGAGUACUUGACCACAACGACGCCAGCGACGCCGACGGCAACUUCCUCAUCCAUGCGGCAGUCCAAGAUCACACGUGGUGGCUUUGAACUGGGCGGCAGUGCCACCUCCAAUCAUGCCAAUGUCGGAGACUUGUCCACAUCCAUUAACAAUUUGGAGCAACUGCAGCUGAAGCGUUUUCCGCCCAUCGAUGACAAUCGAUUGCUCGAUUACUAUGAGACGCAACAUCGCCAGAGCUAUUCCACUCGCGGCACAACUCCUAUUCCCAUCACCACGACCACAACCAUGCCCACAACCACAACGCCGACUCCGCCGACGGCAAGGACCACAAAAGAGAUGAUAACUCCACUCUAUGUGAGGACCACGCCGGCGCCAAUGGAGCUGUGGAAACAGGCUAAGGUGGCCAUACUGCCGCAAACGAAUGAGAAGGUAUAUGUGGUCACCCCUCAACCUCGCCAUCAGCCGCAGCAUAGCGAGUUGUCCGCCUCCGCAUCGGCGCAAUCUCCGGUUUAUCAAACGCCAGCGCCCAGAUUUCCACGUGUGAGACCCACUCCGCGAACAGCAGCAGCUGGUGAACUGAUGGCUGCCACGCCCACGCCCGCAACGGAGCAACAGCGCAACUAUACGCCGGAUAUAUUUGGACUUAUGGGUCUCUCAGCAUAUGUGCCAGCCGAGCCCGUGGAGAUCAUUGAUGGCAAUUCCAAAGUAAUCACAAUUGUGACGUCGGCGCCAACAGCAGCUGCGCUGCAGCGGCCAACAGCAAAGUCAACGAUAUCGCCCUCGCCUAGAUAGACUUUCCAGAUAAAGGAAUCUCAACAGACCAGAGAGGAUGAGCCUACAAGCCUGCCC